GUUCAUGUUCGUCGGUCCAGUGAGUGGGUUGAGGUAGGUAGUCGAAGGAACUAGCUAGCCUUUCAUCAAGGAUCGAAUUGGUGGGCGGCGGCCGGCAGGGAAAGCUUGAAUUGGAAAUCGGUACUUGUUCGCUUACACAUCUACGAUGCUAUACUACAUGCGGUAAAUGGAGGGUGCCACAAUUCAAGACCCCUGACGCCGCGCGAUCAUGUAAAUCGUGAGACGCUGGAUUCCACGACGCGCGGCUAGUGUACUGGAGAUCAAUUGGUGCUCGCGAGGCUGCUCGCUAGAAUUUCGAAUCCGGCACGCUAUGCCGACUUUCAAUGGGACUACUCGGAACGCGCACAGCUUCGCAGGUCCAGCCCGCAUAGCGGCCUUUGAAUCGGGGUUGCAGCUAUGCGGCUCCUGCAUUGUGAGACUCUAACGUUCGAGGACUUUGUUCAAGAUAUUCCUCCCUAUGCCAUCUUGUCGCACACAUGGGGGGACCAGGAGGUGUCGCUUGGCGACAUGGACAACAGGGACGCGGCCUCCCAGCUCGACGGCUAUGAGAAGAUUGCCGCGACAUGUAGAAUUGCGCGGGAGCAGGGCCUUGACUACGCAUGGGUAGACACGUGCUGCAUCGACAAGUCGAGCAGUGCCGAGCUGUCGGAAGCCAUCAAUUCCAUGUUCGCGUGGUAUCGGAAUGCCACCACCUGCUACGCCUGGCUAUCCGACUACGCGCAGGACGCGGCCUUCAACCUCACGGAGGAGGUCGUCCUCGCGUCGUUCGAGUCUCGCGAGGCCGCCACUGAGCAAGAUAGGGCGUUUAGCGACCCACCACCCCUGACAUCGAAGGAAUUGGACAUGCGCAACCACAUCGGGCAGACUCUGGGGAAGUGUAGAUGGUUUUCUAGGGGUUGGACACUGCAAGAGCUCAUCGCGCCGAAACACGUGGAGUUCUACGACCGCGACUGGAAAUGUUUCGGGUCCAAGGCGCAACUGGCGCCCAUCCUGUCCUGGAUAACAGGCGUUGACACAGGCGUGCUGAAAGGCGGCUCGCUAGACCAAGUCCUCGUAGGGCGGCGAAUGUCGUGGGCCGCGAACCGACAGACACGGCGUAUCGAAGAUAUGGCCUAUUGUCUACUGGGUAUCUUUGACAUCAACAUGCCGCUCCUCUACGGCGAGGGCGAGAAGGCAUUCACACGGCUUCAGGAGGAGAUCAUCCGAUCAAGCAACGACCUGUCUAUUUUCGCGUGGACCGCGGCCCUGAAAGACAAGCGCGCAUUCCGGAGUUUAUGGGCCAGUUCGCCGAACGAGUUCAAGUCGUGCCAAUUCCUCGUCAAGCCGGCGCUAGAGUGGAACGGACGGGGCGAGUAUAGCAUUACAAGUCGCGGGUUGCGCACUACGGACAUGAUCCGGACGGUGCGCGGCAACGCCUCGCGAAAGGGGAGUUACUUCCUCCCGUUGGACUGCGUCGACGCGCGGCAGAAGAAGGACAUCCGCUUCGUCUCGCUCGAGCAGUACGGCCCCAGCCUGUUCGCGCGCCGCAAGCCAUGGCUCUACGACACCGUGGUGGACAUCGACGUGUCGCAGGCCUCGCGGCUACCGCAGGCGCAGUACAUCUGCUGUCGCGAGAGUCCUGACUUCGAAGCCAUGGUGCGAACGAGCCGCGUAGGAUCCGUGCAGAUCGACUUCUCGCUCGAGGUCUUCGAUGAGACGAGCGUCACGGCGCAGCCGGAGACGGACUGGGACCUGCGUAACUCGAUCUUACUGAGCUACCGCCGGCGACACUUCUGGGGGUGCUGGCGGAUAAGGACCGUGUCAGACGACCCGGGCGUGUGCGUCGUUUGCGUGCAAUCCGACGGGUGGCUGCUUUAUGGAAUCUUCUCUUGGGAGAAUCUGCCCCCCGCCAUGGACCAAAGUGAUCUGCUUCCGUCACAGGUUGCCGACAUGCUGCAGGAACUGCCGGUGAGGACCUCGGUGCGCUGUCAUCCCUGGUGCCACACCGUGGAGUUAAGCGAGCACGAAAUUGACGACUCUGGUGACGGUAUCACCGGCACAUUGCUACGGAUCAAGAGCCGAAAAGCCACCUCCAUGGACGACGGCCGGACAACGGUGAAAACACGGCUACAGCGACUAUUUAAAAAGAAAACUUGGCCAUGAAAACCCCAAAUCUAACAACUCAACGGAAGGGAUCGGAUCGAUCUCAGACGGCUGUGAACUAAUAUCGUUAAAUCAGUGAAGGCUUCCAAACUGAAACUAUUGUAAUUUCUACGUAUAGCGAGGGUCGGACCGGCAAAUUUGGGACAUACACCCACAUCUCUGAAUCAAACACAUUGAAUGUAUAUAGCUUCGCGUGAGCCUAACACUCAGCAAGUCCAAAAAAGCGGCGACGAAAACGGUGGAGGUCGAGUCAUUGACAAUGAAGUGGACUAUCUGUAUUAUUAAAUGGUGGUCGAGCAUGCCGCCUUGGAUAAAAUAGUUGUAAUAUUAAAUCAUAGUACGAACUACGGUGGAGAAGUUAAACAGUUUAGUUAUGAGACAAUCAGGGAUUUGAUAUUGGAA